AGCAUAGCAUCAAAGACCGUAAACGCUGGGAAGUGUACACAUUUUGGGUUUGGACCGAGCGCUGCCGCCAUAACGAAAAUCCGUGACUGAUUGAUGCCCUCCUAAAAAAAGGUCUAUUGUUUUAAAUUCUCAAAAUCAUUUCCUUUAUGUAUGUCUGCCCCACUUCCUGUUCCUUGUCGCGGGAAUAACUGUUUUUCUCUGCCUAUCAACAAGUGGCCAAUCAAAUCACAUGACCAGGCAAAUAAAUCUCAAAACCUCCGUUAAUCUACAGUAUGUCGGACAACAAUAAUAAAUCACAAUCAAUCGUGUAUUGCAAACUUCACACAUUUUCAUUCCCAUAAAUUCUCAGUCAAAAGCGGCCUUACGGGGGAAAAAAAAAACAAAACAAAAAAAAACAAUGGCGUCAUUGAUCCACUGAUGUCUUUGCGGCGCCAUCAACAGAAACGCAAGACGCCAUUACAACAAAAGAGAACACAAUGACAGCGCUGGGGAGGUUGGUUUGGGUUCUCUGGCUUUUGGCUCUGGGGAUUAACACUGCUCAUUCGGUUCCGGAUUUCUCUUUGUAUCUGCACAGUGUUCUGAAGAACCACACGGCUCACGCUUGCGAAGGAGAAACGCUCGCCAUCGAGUGUCCCGCCAGAACGUCCGUGGCCGUCUUAUCGGCCUUCUUCGGACGGCGUGUUCCUCAUCGCUAUUUGUGUCCCAGCCAGAAGACAAAUCGAACCGACGAAGAGUACGCCGAGUGUUCUUCUGCGGUCGCUAUCAAGAAAGUGCUGUCAGAGUGUCAGGAUGAGCGGUCGUGUCAAAUCCCCGUCUUUGGCCCCGUGUUUGGGCACGACCCUUGCCCGCUCACCAGCAAGUACCUCCUGGUGUACUACAAGUGCAGACCAGCGCACCACCGCACGAGACUGGUGUGCGAGAACGAACGCCUGAGGCUGGCGUGUAAGAACGGCACCGUGCUGGCCAUCUACUCGGCCAGCUUCGGACACCUGCUGCACGGAAGACCCCUGUGUCCUCAGGGUGGGGGCUCGCCGGUGGACAUGGAGUGUUUGUCGCCAUCUGCUCUGAGGAGAGUCUCACGCCGGUGUCAUGGCCGAGCGAACUGUUCGGUGCUGGCUGACGUUCAAAGUUUUGGGGACCCGUGUUUCCCCGGCACCAGGAAACACCUGCGAGUGUCCUACACUUGUGUGCCCAGGUAUGUUCUGGAAGACGUGGGUCGAGGGACAACAGAUCCUUUCAUGAUCUCGGACUACACACACGGUGGAUGGUACACUGGCCCCACCUACAGGCAACAAAAUGUUCUACUAACCAACUCUCUGGAGAUGAUAGAAAAAAUGUUGGGAGUGCCUGAGCGAGUAGCUCUGUAUUUCGUCUCGGGGAUCUGCGCUGGUCUGGUUUUCCUGCUCUGCCUGUUUGGAGUGCGUUCCACACUAGUGAAGGACGUGAAGGGGCUGGUGUCGGAUCUGCACAACGAGCUGAAAGCAUCGAGCGGACAGCACAAGGACCUGACGGACGACCUCUACGAUGACGACGAAGUCUCGGAUGCCUCGUCCUUUCGUCGCCUGACUCGGUCUUACCGCACGACGGACAUGCUCGGUCCGUCCACGCUUACCGUGGAGAUGAUGCCACAGGGUGUUGAACACAGUAGAGAUCUGCCCAAUGGAGACAUGUGGCCACAUCCAGACACCAACCCUUAUGCCAUUCAUCAGAUUACAAAUUACAGCAAUUAGUUUCUUUUAACCUCGUAUACUGUUCGGGUCAAAUUUGACUCGUCUUGAUAGUUGACAGCAGUGAAAAUAUCCUCCAUGAUAUUCGUUCAACCUGAAAUUUGAGGAGUUUUCCUAGAGUGACCCAAAAUACCCAAAAAUAUAAGUAUUUAACGUCAUUUUGUUUUUGUAUAGGUGCUCCAAAGAUUUUUUUUACAAGGAGGCUGUUUCGGGUCAAAUUUGACCCGAGUCUACUAAAAUCUGCUUUAGAUUUACCAGUGUGUGAUAAGUCAAGGAUAAAGGCAGUAAUUUUGUAAA